AUGAACAGUCACUAUUGUUCGAGCAAAUUCACACGAAAGGAUACGUUGCUGCGCCAUGUCCGCAAGUUUCACCCAGCUCGGCCACCGACCGCCGGCAACCCUUCUCCAUCGUCACUUGGGAAUCAGCAGCUUCCGGAUCUAGCCGCCACUGACAUAUCGGCCUCAUCUAAUCUUGGUCAACCUGGGGUCGAGCCGUCGAACGAGGGCUGCACGAACGGCCAAGGUCAGAUCCUUGUUGACGAGCCAGGAGAGCCGCGAGAACCUCACGGUAUGGACCAUCCUGACACAUGGAUCAGUUCGGCAGACUUUGAAGAAGGCUCGCGUCGUGGGAGCAUUCAGCAGGCCCCAGGCGUGAGCAAAACCCCAGAUCAGAGCGAGAACCAGACCGGUGGGAAUGUCGAUGAUAUCAACCUUCUGGGAGAACCAGCCGCUACUGGUAGGCCCAGCGACAUGCCCACUAGAGAUGCGUCAUACUUGAUCGACCCUUUCCUAAGCGAUGGACAGGAUUUAUGGCUUCCCAAUAAUGCAGGCGAAUAUUUUCAGCUUACUGAGCUCGACCUGGACAUGACUCUACGCUCGCCCUUCCUGUUUCCAGAAUCGUAUCAUCCCAUCCACUCUCCUCAAGCUGGGCACACGUCGCCGGGCGCAAGGUCAAUGCCGGACGCUGCCACCAAGGCGACGUUGGACGGAGGCGACGGGGCCUCUACCUUUUCCUCCGAAGGCGGAAUGGAAAGUAUGCUGUCUCCGCCGGGAAACGUGGAGCUGGAUAUGAACAAAUUCAUGGCCCGCGUCCACUCCUUCGCCGCCUUAGCAGGAGACACGAAUCGUUUUGUCCCUCCAUCGAGACACAGAGCUAGCCGCUAUCUUACGGCCUACGUCCGCUAUUUCGACCCACACACUCCUCUAAUUCAUUUUGCAACCUUUCGACCCGCAAGUGCUUCUCGUUGGUCGCUUUCUUACCCCCCAAGGGUGGCCGAAUGUUGA